GGUGCCAGUUUAUCUUCCAGUGGAGAUGAUCCCGGUUCUGUUUCACCUAACCCCAGCCACAGUGUUUGUUCUGGCCUGCAUGUCAGCGGUACCGCUGCGGGGCCACAAGCCUCCGCAGGUGGACCCGCUGACGGCCCACCGGGCUGACCCGCAGUGCUGGGACUCCUCUUCCUCUCUGCUGCUGGAGAUGCGCUCUCCGAGAAUAGCCGACUCGGUGCCCGCCUUCUGGGACCUCAUGGGGACCCUCCGGUCCUCAGAGAACGGGAAACACGCGGCGCUGUUCUGGGACCUGGCCCGGGUGUUUUGGGGGAUCUAUGCGGACUGUGUGAUGUCCAGGAGCCACGGCCUGGGCAGGAGACACGUCACCUCUGAGCGCUCCGUCAUUACUGACAAGUCCUUUAGGUUCAACAGCUCGAAAGAAAACUCCUGGACAAAGCUUACUGUCAGAGUGAGACGCAGGGGACACAUCAAGACCCUGAGGACUGAACCCAAAUAAAACCCAUCACAAAUGUUUGGAUAUGUUUGCUGGAAAAUCUAUGUCUUUACUUCACCCCAUCUUUGUGUUACCCCUGCC